AUGUUAAGUAUAGUUUUUGAGACGCAUGAUGUUCAGUUUGACUAGUUUUUAAGUGCUGCAAGUUUCGUGUCGACUUCGGAAGUCGGAUAAUCGUUGUUGCGAAACAAUACUAUAAAUGAGAGAUCUUUCCUUAGGCAAUUUUAUAACCCCGGCUUUAACCAAAGCAGACGUACGUGCGUUAUGUAAAAACGAAUUAUAGGAAAAUGAUUGCACUCCUUCUGAUAUUAGUUGGGCUCGGCUGGGUUUUAGUGUUCCGGUACAGACGGAGGAAUAUGUAUAAAUUGGCAGCGGCUAUCCCGACUCCUGACGAGACAAACCUGUUAGUUGGCGUGGCCCACAAAAUGAUGGGUAACACAGAGGAAAUAAUGUCGUCACUUCAAAGAUACAGCUACGAUUCCAUGAAACACAAUGGCAUAGUGACUAUGUGGUUGUUUCACAUUCUUUACUUUGUGUCAUCAAAUCCUUUUGACUUGGAGGUAAUUCUGAAGACCUGCUUGGAGAAAGACGAUUCACAUAGAUUUUUUCGACCGGGGAUAGGGAAUGGCGGCAUUUUUGCACCAGUGUCGAUAUGGCGAAGACGUCGAAAAAUUAUGGUGCCAGCGUUCAGUCCGAAAAUAGUUCACAGUUUUGUAGGAAUAAUCUCUGAGCAAAGCGAGAAGCUUGUUUCAAGUUUGAGUAAAUGCGUCGGCAAAGGGAUGUUCAGCUCUUGGCCUUUUCUAAGCGCUUACACAUUGGACUCUGUUUGUGAAACAGCAAUGGGCGUGAAUAUCAAUGCACAAGCAAAGGCUGAAUCAGAGCUCUUGAAAUCUAUGAACCGUUUUCUUAACGUAAUCUGUGAGAGGAUGUUUCAUGUAUGGCUGCAUCCGGAUUGGCUUUUCAAACAGUUUCCUGUGUUCAAUGAGCAUCAGAAGUGUAUUAAAGUGUGGCAUGAAUUUAUUGACCAGGUAAUUCAGAGUAAAAGAGAAGAGUUUCAGAUGGAGAAGAUUUCUAAAGAUCUAGAAGUGGAUACUCAUUAUGAUUUAGGGUCACACAAAAGUAAGACACUCCUGGAUCUUCUGAUUACGUUUUCUGGAGACGAAAAAGGUUAUACUAAUGUCGAACUACGAGAAGAAAUGCUAACAUUGACAGUGGCGGGCACAGACACAUCGGCAGUCGGUAUUGGAUUCACACUGGAGCUUUUAGCUAAAUACCCUAAAAUACAGGAAAACAUUUUCCAAGAAUUGUACGGAAUUUUCGACGGUUCGGAACGUGCCUUAGUUAAAGAAGAUUUAGAAAAGAUGAAAUAUUUGGAAAGAGUCGUGAAGGAAUCUCUCAGAUUAUUCCCUCCAGUUCCGUUUAUCAUAAGAAAAGUUUUAGAGGAUACGAGACUGCCAUCUGGUAACGUUUUGCCUGCCGGUUCAGGAAUAGUGGUUUCUAUCUGGGGAAUACAUAGAGACCCAAAGUACUGGGGUCCAGAGGCGGAACACUUCGAUCCAGACAGGUUUCUACCGGAGCGUUUUAAUGUCGAGCACCCGUGCUGCUACAUGCCGUUCAGUAGCGGCCCUAGGAAUUGUUUGGGUUAUCAAUAUGCAAUGAUUUCGAUGAAGGCUUCUUUAUCUGCGAUAUUACGUAGAUACAAGGUAGUGGGUGAACCGGAGAAAGGUCCUGUUCCUCGAAUCAGGGUAAAAGUGGACAUCAUGAUGAAGUCAGUGGACGGAUGCCAGGUGGCUUUGGAGAGAAGGCCGACCAAAUUAUAAUAUAUUAAAGAGAAAAUUUGUUGCUGAUAUUUCCAAUAGAACAUACUUCAUGUCUGAAAUAUAUUACAUUCAUUGAAUCGGUUUGUGCGCCACUUAUUCGUCCUUAUAGUCAUUAUGUCAGACAUAUUCAAACACUCUCUGAAUUUUGAGUUUGACGUUCAACCUAGCCCAAACACAUAAACACUGCGUUUCUCGCCGGAUCUUCUCCUGUGGGUCGCGAUUUCAAUCCGGUGGUAGCGAAGCAAUGCUCUUGCUAGGGCUAAUAUUAAGUUCUCCUGGGUUGAGCUCAGCUACCAACCCCUUAGGCUACCACCAAUCAAGUAGGAAAGAACUCUUAGAAAAUAAGCCUUUGUGAUUCAUAAAAAAGGCGCUCAUUAUAAGCCGAGUAUAUCACAUUGGAAUGCUGAUAUCACGAAGCAUUUGAAUUAUACAAGAACGAUAUAUGGAAGCAUCCAAUCUUAUAUUACUAAUCCUCCCACAUCGUGGCCUAAAGGAUAAGACGUCCGGUGCCCUCGUGUUGAGCGAUCCACCGGUGUUCGAAUCUCAGGCGGGUACCAAUUUUUCUAAUGAAAUACGUACUCAACAAAUGCUCACGAUUGACUUCCGCGGUUAAGGAAUAACAUCGUGUAGUAAAAAUCAAACCCGCAAAAUUAUAAUUUGCGUAAUUACUGGUGGUAGUACCUCUUGUGAGUCCGCACGGGUGGGUACCACCAUCCUGCCUAUUUCUGCCGUGAAGCAGUAAUGCGUUUCGGUUUGAAGGGUGGGGAGCCGUUGUAACUUUACUUGAGACUUGGGUAAUAGUUUUAAUUGAAUUUUAUGCUCAGCACUAUGCUUACUGUGCGAGUCACCUCUAGAGUGCAAAGAGUUAGUAUGCAGGAUAUUCAGGAAUUAAGUCUUGAAAUUUGUAACUAUACUGAGACCUUAGAACUUAUAUCUCAAGGUGGGUGGCGCAUUUUACGUUAUAGAUGUCUAUGGGCUCCAGUAACCACUUAACACCAGGUGGGCUGUGAGCUCGUCCACCCAUAUGAGCAAAUUAACAUAACCUAAAAUCCCAUUACCAUACCCAAUUCCAUUCUAACUCCUAGUUAUUAUGUGGCCCAGUGUUAAUAUAGCGUUUCCUGUGUAGGUGACAUUUUCUUUAUCUACAAUCUUCAAACCCCUGCUAGUACAAUUUCUUUGCUUCUUAUCGUCGAUUACGAGAGAUGCAAUUAAAUAUGCUUUAGUGAGUUUUCUGUUACAAUUGAACGAUCACAGAUGGUUUUGUAUUUUUGUUUUGUUCGUCUUGUCAUAUGGUUUGCCUUGUCGUAUAUGUAUUUGCUAAUUUAGAUAACUUUUUUAUGAUACCAAACCAUAGGGCCCGGGCAUAUACCUUUAUGCAUGGUAUUUGGUGAUCUGUAUUUGAGUGUAGUUGUUAAUAUUUGGUAAACGUUUCUGGCACGCAUACACUAUAAAAUUCCAGCUCGAUGCUGUCUGUACAUAUUAUUAUGUAUUUUUUUGUUUUGAAUAAUAAAUGUAGAUUAUCACACUUAAAA